AAAUGGACCGCACCCGUAAAAAAUUUGAAACAAGAUUGUGAACGCGCCAAGAUCGAGUAUCUACAAGUAAAGCAGAUAAAUCAACUUGCAACUGGCAGUGGCGCGAUAUAUAAUGACAAUCGCAUAACUUCAGGAAAACGUUGUCGAGAUGUGAAUUAUGAAGAAGCUAACACAAAAAAACGGAAUAUAACAAAUGUUAAUAGUCCCGAUGAUAAGACACCUGGAAAAUGUUCAAGUAACAAAGUGGGUGGAUUAAGUGAAAAUAAGGAGAAUGAUGAUUCCAAUGAAUUGUUAGAAUUUAAACAUGAUGAACUAGAAGAAUUAGAACAGCAAAUAACGAUCAGUUCAUUAAGCGAGUGGAAUAUAGGCACAGUUAAUGUGUCAAGAAAAUUUAAAGAGUAUCAAAGACAACUAAUAUCAAGUGUUAGACAGAAAAAACGACAAGUCCUUAAUUCGAAUCCAUAUAAAAUCGCGCAACCCAUUUUAACAGAUUCACUCUUAACCACUUUAUAUAAAGUGACAAAUAACUUUUCACUUGACCUAAACUAUAACUUUAAUUUAAAUAAUGAUGAUGGUGAAUUGGGGGAAAAUGCUUAUCAUCCAUUUAUAAAAGUUAUUUUUGGUGGUGAAUACACGUCUUACAGCCUGGAAUUAAAUAAAAGUGUAAGUGGAAAACAAAGACCAGAUUUUAGCUGUGUAGUUGAUGACAUUGCUAUAUUAAAUUCCGAGAUCAAGCCUAUGGGGUACACUCAGUUUAGGAAAGUUCAAGACUUCGUAAAAGUACAUCUUAAAGGGAGGGAAUCGAUUAACAAGUUAUUAGAAAAAGGAGGACCUAACAAGUCUAUAGCUUUCUUAAAUAUGGGGGAUACCAUAGAAUCGUUUGCAAUUGAUUUAGUAUAUGAUGGUGUAUAUAGAUCGUGA